AGCCCACCUGCGGCCCCCGCCCCCUGCGACCUCGGGUCAGUUCCCUUACUGCCCCGAGCCUCGAUCCCCUGUUCCUUAGCUCGAGGGCCGUCCAAGACCCCGAACUUAAGUCGGAAGAUGAAGUGAUGCGGGGCCUUCCCACAACGGCUGGUUACUCGGGGUUGCCGGGGCUGCGUGGCAACCUACGAGAAUCAGACGGGCUUUGGGCUCACAUAGACGCGUCAGGCCGCAUGUAAACCACGUACCCAGGUGCGGCCAACGGGGAACCACAAUCAGGUGGUUGGUUGGUUUUUGCUACCUUGAAACAGGAAGGCCAUCAGUGGGCAAUACCUUCACCUGUGACACUACCUGAGUCCUGAGCACUCGCCUGGCAGUCUGGAGAGAUGGCGGAUGCACAGCCUGAGAGUAAAAAGAGGGACCUUCCUCCCUGGAUGACAGCCCAGGUGGCUGUGAGAAAACCAGUGCCAAUAUGGAGGCCAACUAAGAGGAGAAAAACCACAGUGAAGUCAGCAGGUGCAUCAUCGAGUCUUCCCCCUAUACGAACUGUAUACUUCAUGAAUGAAGCUGAAUUGGUGGAUGUUGCUCUGGGUAUCCUGGUUGAGUGCUGUAAACAGGAAAAGCCUUUGGAGCACACAUUGCUGCUGGGAACUGAUAAGGCCCAAACCACACAGCCUGAAUCCCCCUGGGCUUCUGAGAGCAGUAGUGAUGGAGAGGAGGAGGUGAACGAUGCCCCUCGGACAAGUCCCUCAAGCAAGCAGGAAUAUUCAGCCUCUGGUCACAAGAAGAACUCAGAAGAGGAUGAGGAUGCAUUAAAAUAUGUGAGGGAAAUAUUUUUCAGUUGAGGAGAUAGAUGAAGAAUUCAGAGAACAUGUUGCUUUGAGUAUGUUGGGAUGCUUCCGUGUCCCUAGUUGCUAAGUUUAACCAGUGGAGAAUGCAGUGCAGCACCCUGUGCCUCCCAUGCAUCCUUGGGGUGAGUCCUCUGCAUCCCUGAGCUUUAGCUCUGGGCAGUGAAAUCAGGGCAGUCCAAGCUGGUAUUGAAUUGAUGGUGUAGUAGUGAGCGGUUAAGUCGGUGGCCAGGAAAGUCCUCAUAGUUAUCACGGGGUAGCUUUGCUUCAUUGUUAAGUGAGCAUCUCAGGUCUGUGGUUCUGGAAACUAAGGUCAGCUUAUCCAGAAGUAUUCGCAUUCUGGGACUCAUAAGACUAGUUAACAUGUACCAGAGAGGCAAUUUAUAAUGGAUAACGAGGAAGGAGAUAUUAUCCAUGCUGGACGGUCCAUAUUUUAUCAUUUUCCGUGCAGGAAAGCCCCCUUGGGUGUAUGGGUCAGAUUCAGAGCUUAUGGCUUGGCCCUAACUACAACAGCAGCUAUUUCAGGUGGGAUAAGAGAAGAGGAGGAAGGGGCCAGGUUAGGCAGCCUGCUGCUUAUGUCAGUGUUGCACAAUGAGGUGACUGGAAGAAAGGAGGCAAAGACCUACCUACUCCUACCCCAUGGGGAAUCACCUCAUUAUAACUAGGGAAAAUUUGAAAAAUGGGGAGGAUAUCCCUGUCUGUGCAAGCCACCUUCCUAGUAUUUUUAAUCAAAGUAUUUUAUGUGCAUUGGGAAAUAAAAAUUCUUGUGACUUGCUUUAUUGCAGUGAUCUGGAACUGAAUUUGUACCUCUUUACACUAGGUAGACAUCAAUGAGUCUUAUUAAAAAUCUUAGAUUAAGAAAAA